AUGGCGACGCUCGCGCGCGGGACGUCGUCGGCGUCGUCACCGCGCGCGCGAUCGACGCGAUCGACGCGUCGUCGAGGGACGGCGCGGCGAACGGGCGCGAGCGCGGUGGACGCGACGCAGAGCGCGCGGGCGAGCUCGAGCGGGAAGACGAAGGAGACGUCGGACAUGCUCUCGAACGAUUCGAUGGAGGAGGAGGAUGGGUUCGAACACACGUACGAGAAGUUUCGGUGGUCGGACGUGCGGGCGAGCGUGCGACCGACGCAGGUGGCGCUUGGAUGGGAUUGGACGUUUUAUAAGCUGUCAAACUUUAAGGAUUUGGAGAGCGCGACGACGUACAUGGCGAGGAAACCGGUGCCGUACGUCAAGUAUCGGGGCCUGCGAUACGUUGUUGAUCAUCACCACACGCUCGCCGCGUUGAAUCUCACGGGGUGGGACGUGGACGUGUACAUGGAGGAGAUUUUCGAGUACGACGACGAUCUCGACGACGCCACGUUCUGGGGAAUCAUGGAGGGCAAGGGGUGGAGCUUCUGCUGGGACUCGAAUUAUCAGCGUUUGUCGUACGCAGAUAUUCCCACGUCUUUCGAGCUCCAGGCUUUUAGAAAUGACAUUUUCCGCUCACUCGGCGGUUUCUGUCGAAAAGACAAACUGCUCAAGCGAGGGAAGAUGCUCGAGGACAAAUUGUUUUUUGAGUUUCAGUGGGGUUACUUCUUUUGGCUUCAUAGAAACGACGCCUACGGACUGUGGCCGUCGUCACAGCUUCAGCGAGGCUUCGACCGUCUACUCACCAUGAUUGAGCAAACCGACGACAGCGAGUACAUCGGCGAAGGACACAUCGAAGCGAGCAGGGACGUUCGCGACAUGAUUUUCCUCUCGGACAAAGUGCUUCAACCCUUGUAUGACGUCCUCGUUGAGUACGUCGCGCCGCUCGCGUACGCAUACGCCACGCUUCCCACUAAGGAGGCGCGCGCUGUGCACGGCUUGAAGAAGCGCUUUGGUCGAGACACCCUCCCAGGCUCUGUCGUCACCGGCAUGGGACGAGACUUUCUCAUCGAUCGCCAAAACUUCGUCCUCCCAGUAGACGAUAAGAAGGAUGCAAAGAAGGAUAAGAAGGAUGAGAAGAAGGAUGAGAAGAAGGAUGAGAAGAAGUCCAAGGAGGCUGAAAAGUGA